GUCAAUUAGGGACAAAAAAACGACUCUUCUCUCUCUCUUGUUUUGCGAUGCAUUUGCUCAAAAUCAAUAUUCUCUUCUUCUGGAUUUCGAUAAAGAAGAAGAGUUUUCGAAGACGAUUUCAUGGGUUUUCUAUUCCAAUCUCAUGAUGGAUGGUUCGGCGGAGACAGUUGACCGGUUCCGUUUCCGGCGAGUAAUCUCCUGGAACGUCGCCGUCUGGGUUCGGAGAAAUUGCAGAGCAGGAGCUUAAGCAGUACGACAGCUCCUAUUCAAAGCUCAUGCUUAUUGAAUCCGACCUAAGUUCUCUCUAUGACUCUAUCCAUGAACACACUUCGUUUCAUAUAUGUGUUCAAGCGGGACCUUUUUGUCAAACUAUUUUUUUGCAUUUCCUAUGUUGCUAAUUUGCAUUAAUUUUCCAGGCUGAUGAGACUUCUAGCUAGGACUCUAUAUGAUGAUAAUCUUACUACGUUAAGCGAUAAUCAGAAGAAAUCUGCAAAAGGUGACAACAGCUGAGGGAAUAACGUUGUGGUGCUGGAAGCUCUUAGGAGGUUUGUGUGCAUCUAUCCCCGGCCGUAAAGAGGUAUGUGUGCAGGAAACUGUGCUCUCUUUCAGAUUGGUGUUUACACUGCUGUUUUAAUGAUUCUCAAUCCUUUUCAAUAAACUGCAAAGCGUGCGAAGAUAUAUAAUGUUGCAAUGGCUGCUGCUACAACUCAUGGCCCGGCAGUGGACAAUCUUCCAAAGAAGUACUAGAUGAAUGUGACAAUGUAAAGAGGCGUCAGUGCCAAAGACUCCAGUUUGCAGAGGUGGACCUUUGCUGUUAAUGGAGCUUGUGUUUUUGUUGAGAGGAGUUCCUUCACUAAGUGGCUCUCUCACCCAUGGGUCUUCUUCGUGGGAGUGAAUCUCUUUUCGCCGCUUAAUCAGUAAUGUGUUGUUCAUUUAUAUUUUGUUUGGAUUUGCAACAGAAAUCAUUCUCCAAAGGAGUUAAUAUAUAAAGUUUGGAAGUGAGAAGGAUAGCAAGGAGUUUUGUGAUUCGUUUGAGGAAUGGAGAAACAAUGCUCUUGUUCGACGAUCAUCCACAGUUUCAGCUAGUAAAAGCAAGUUUGACGAUAAGAUUGAGGCGUCCUCGGCCAAAAUGUAUUUCCACUUCUAUGGACAGCUUCUUCAUCAGCAAAACAUGCUACAAGAUUAUGUGAGGACAGAUGGGUUUUACAUGGGGAAUGAGACUACGUGGAGCUAGCAAGAAGAAGAUAGCUCCGGUAAUGAGUUGGUCGGAAUCGACAUCGGAGCCGGACAUAACGAUCCCGCCGGAGUUUCAAUGCCCAAUCUCGAUCGAUCUCAUGAAAGAUCCGGUGAUAAUCUCCACAGGCAUUACCUACGAUCGCACAAGCAUCGAAAAAUGGAUCGAAUCAGGGAACAACACGUGUCCUGUCACGAACACGGUCUUGACCACAUUCGAUCAGAUCCCGAACCACACGAUUCGCAAGAUGAUCCAAGGAUGGUGCGUGGAGAUUGGUUCGUCGUUGAUUGAGCGGAUCCCAACGCCACGUGUCCCUUUGAUGCCGUGUGAGGUCUACGAGAUCUGCAGAAAGCUAUCCUCUGCUACGCGGCGUGGGGAUUACGAGAAAUGCGAGGAGAUUAUUUUGAGGAUUAAGAAGUUGGAGAGUGAAAGCGAGAAAAAUAGAAAUUGUAUUAUCGAAAACGGCGUCGCAUUGGUUUUGUGUGCUUGUUUCGAAAAGUUCUCGGGAGACGAUAAAUUAACGUCUCUGUUGGGAAAGAUUUUGUCUAUGCUGACGUGGAUGGUUCCUAUUGGGUGGGAGGGUUUAACGACACUGGCGUCUGCGUCGUCGUUUCGUUGCAUCGCGGGUUUCUUGAGUAGCAAGGACGAUACCGUUCGUGAAAACGCUGCGCUUCUGUUGAAGGAGAUUCUAUCGUUGGAAGAAACGCAAGUUCACGCGUUUGCGGAGGAGAACGGAGUCGCGGCAGCGUUUCUUGAACUGAUUCGCGAUUCGGUUUCCUCUAGCGCGACGAAAUCUUCGUUGACAGCGGUUUCUCAAAUGGUCUUGCAAAAGCCAGAGAUCGCGUCUGCGUUUCUCGAAAUCGGCCUCGUGAAUCAAAUGGUGGAGAUGAUCAUCGAUGGUGAGAACAGCGUUUGCGAGAGAGCAUUAGCGGUUCUAGACGCGGUUUGCGAAACAAGUGAAGGGAUAGAGGAAGUGAGGAGAAACGCGUUGGUGGUGCCGCUUUUGGUGAAGAAGAUUCUUAAGGUCUCUGAAGAAGCGACGAGGAGCUCAGUGUCUGUGAUUUUGAAGCUGUGUAAAACAGGGAACGCGUCUGCUGUUGAGGAAGCGGUGCGUUUGGGAGCGUUUCAGAAGAUGUUCUUGGUGUUACAGGUUGGGUAUGGGGAAGAGACGAAGGAGAAAGCGACAGAGUUGCUGAAGAUGAUGAACAGACAAAUGAAAGUAAUGAGUGAUGAUGUUGAUUCUUUAGUGGACUUUAAGUAUCUCAAGAAGCCAUUUUGAAGUAGAUAAAUUGUUUAAAGGGAACCAUAUUUUUUUGCAAAUCACAGUUAUGAUCAUUAUGAAAAUGAAGAAGAUGACCAAUGUGAAUUUAUUUAAGAUCUAAA